GGGUCCUUCGCCAUGCUUCACUAUCUGAUAUAUGUUAUAUGUUUCAUAUCGUCUACUGUAAAGGCUAGUGGUUGGGAUGAAUUUUCGGACAAUCUUGCUACAGACUUGGCACCGUUGAUCUCUCUCUUUGGGGGACGGCUUACAACACAGUUCCUUUCGGAGUCGGUUAGCCUUCUAGAUACCUUUAUCUUUGCUCUAGCUCCACUGGGGAUCCUAACGGCCACGGUCUCUGCCAUCCGAGUCUGCGGAAACUCCUCCCUUCGAGCAUUCAUCGGGAGAGCCCAGGAGGAUCCUGGGGAGGCAGAACAUGAGCUAUUGUCGUGUGUUUCGGAGACCACAGCGGAGUUAUUCAACAAUGGUGGCAUUUCCCGAGUUUUCGGAAGGCCCCGACUACUUGAGGUAGUGGCGUGGAAAGACAAAGACCCGGUAAGCAAAGAGGAUAGCUGGAAGACCGGGACUCUGCGUGAUGCUCUGCAGCAGGGCGCCUGGACCGCGAGGGAUGGAACCUGGAAUUUUCACGAGAAGGACUACUCGUUGCCGGAGCUUGAUAUACCGAAUCUGUCCCUGAAUAAGGGUACUGCGAGGAGGAGCCAGGGUUGGUUAUACUGUGCUGCUGUGUUGGGCUUUGUAUUGCAGAUAGGGGUGCUUGCGUAUUCUGCAGUAACUGUGCUUAUCUUUCCAGACGAGUUUAAAAAGGACGGACAGCCGGUGAAGGACUAUGCAUUGCCACUUUUUCUGAUUGGGACUGUUUCGCUCUGUACUGGGAUGUUCCUCUGUGCCUUCAUUGUUGAGCGCUCGUCGAGGGAAUUCUAUUUCCACCCUGUCAAGCCUAGCAAGAUUUACUGGCUGCAGCCCGGGGGGCAGAACAUUGGAGACCAAUUAUUCAGCUCUUUUCUCGGCGUCAACGAGGGACCUGGUUCUCAGCCGACCGAGGAUCUUAUAUAUAUCAAGUCGGUACGGGGCGACGCACUUGAGGGCAAAUGGAAUCUACUCUCCAUCACCGUAUCAAUUACAUUGGCAGGAUUUGUGGCCCAGUUCGUUGGUCUUCGAGGACUCCAUUCAUCUGUGACCCUAGCACAGAUGGGGUCCACGCUCAUGAUGGCUAUUGUUCGAACAUGCCUUCGCACCAAACGAAUCAGUUCAGAAGAGAAUCGUCUCUCCAAACAAGAACAGCAGCUUACCUCUCACAAGCACCAGGAGCUAGACUGCUUCGCAUUUCAUCUCGAGGAUGUUAAAUCGUUCAGUUUGGUUUCUGGCAUGGUAAGGGGAUCGUCGUCUUACCAGCCCAGCCUCUUAUCAGUUGCGUCUGGGAACUCGGGUCAUGUCACCAGGCUGGGAACCAGGCUUAUUCAAACGAGGGCUCAGCUCGCGAAACUUACUGCCGAAGCUGAUGGCAUUCAACGCGUGGCGUGGAGUGAUCUGCCUAUCAGACAGGUUGCUCACAAUUUGGCACGAGCGAUUGAGGCGACGAUGGACUUGAUAUCAACUUGGCAGCAUGUGUCAAAAGACGUGGACAGCUUUGACCUUGAAUUCGUGUGCCAGUCUCAUCAUAAAUUCAUUGCUCCAAACAUUGAAAGCUACGCAAUCAACCUUGAAAGAACAGACGAUACACCGCAGUGGCGAGUUCAGGAAAACGAGCUGGAGGCGGUAUUGGGGCUAUGGACGUGGUCCCUACUGACUUCUAAUCCAGAUUGGCUGCAAGGCGGACUUGGUAGACUUGCUGGCCUAAGCGAGUCCGAGGCCAAAGAAGAAGACACUGAUCUUUACUUUCAUAAAUGGAUUUUCCGCCAGAAGGAAGCAAGGAUGGUUUCCUCCAAGAUGAUCUGUCUACCUCAACGCAUGUUCGGUUAUUAUGCAGAUGAAUAUCUCGAGGAGAAAGAGAUCCUGGUUGUGAAGACUGAUAACCGCCUAGAAACCAUGGCUGCUCAGGAUAUUUACGUUCAAUUUAUAAAGAGUGUCGUGGGCGGCGUGACGGAGCUUGGUGGUGACACUACCAUACUCCCCUGUUCCCAGAACGGGUACGUUGCGCAUAACAGUCGUCUCGAUGACCUUGUGAGCUGUUUCGAAUCAAGCAACUUGGGCUCUAGAGAAGAUGCACUGUUGUGUAUAGUACCCGUUUUGAAACAUAGAGAUCUUUUACCAAGACUUUCUGGAAAUUCAAGCGUCGUUAGGGCUCGCCUAGAAGAGCUUAUAGCCAGCGGAAGCUGGAGGGAGGCAUUUGGGGUUCUAUGGUGGCUCUGUGAGCGGAGUGAGGGAGCCGAAUUCGAUCAUUCUAUGUUUGCGCUCGGUUACCUUUGCCGUCGGGCAAUGUUAGAUACCGAUCCGGAUGUGCAAACAGAAGGAUGCAAUUACGCAUACCGCGCCAUAGAGACUGAUCCAAGAACAAGGUUUAUCAAAAACCUCAGGAAUAACCGUCCAGCAGGCUGGAUGGACGCAAAUAAAAGACCGGAAAAUUGGAAUGCGUUUUCCCUUCAGCUUGGAUGGAUUAUGUGGCACACUGCACAGAGACAUAGCGAUCGAGGCACCAUUCAACAAACACUCGAGUCACUGGGCAUCAAUGAAAACUCAGUAACAGCAGCUAAGGCAAACAAUGAUGAGGAUCAGGGAAGGAUGGGUGAGCAGGCAGUCCUUCAGUGGUUGACAAAGGGCGAAGAAGCAUUUCUUGGUUACGAGUUACAUCGAAUAGAGGGCCAUCUAGCACUGGAUUGGGUGUGUCAAAAUGGCCACCAUGCACUUCUCAACUGGCUUAUCGUGAGAUGGGCCGAAUAUGACCGACAGUGCCCAGGGUUCAUCUACAACAUCCUCUCAUGGGCCGCUAAAGGAGGAUAUGGAUCGGCGAUUGCUUUAUUACGCCAACACGGGGUGGACCUCGACAUGCAAGAACUGUCGGAAGAGAGUUUGGCCCCAUUGAUCCGUGAAUGUGCACUGUUGAGAGAAACACCAUUGAUGACCGCCAGCCAUGUGGGAGACUUGGUUUCUCUGCUUCUACGCAGGGGUGCGAAUGUGAAUGCUCGGAGUAACGGCGGACAAACGCCUUUCUUAUUUGCUACAGCCGGGAAUCAUGUUGCUGUAGCCCAGAUACUUUUGGACCAUGGUGCUAAAAUCAACUUAAGCAACAACGAGGGAGUUACCGCUGCGGUGUGUGCAGUAUCAGAAAACCAUAUCGAAAUGGUAAAAUAUUUACUCUCCGAAGGAGCUCACGUCACGAAACUUCUACUAACCUCUGGAGCUGGAACCGAUAUCCACGAAAGGAUGUUGAGCGGAAUGACAGCUUUUGAAUGGGCGCGAAAGUCUUAUCAAACAGAAUGUGUCCAACUUCUUAAGGCGGCGUUUUCAAGGAGUUUAAAAAAUACAUUUCUUUUUUUUUCUUCAAUGGACAUAGAUCUUUCUCCCUGA